UCUGACUUCACAGAAGACCGUCCAUUGUUAUUGGGCAUAAAUUUGACAUUAUAUAUGACGAUAUGGAUAUCAUAACGCUCAUGGCUGAGUCCCUUCCAAAUUAUUGCAGCGUCGUUCUCGCUUAAGUUAGUCCACCUUGGACCCGAGACAGUCAAAGAAGAAAAUGAUGUCAGACCAUGCAGCCUUAAAGUCAUCACUGGAUUCGUUUUGGAAGACGAAUUCGAAGAGUCAUCCCACCACUGAAGAGACAAUAUUUCGUGUUAUGAAGUCAUUACUAGAUCCUAUUCUAGUUAAACUACCAGACAGAGACCCAGUACUCGAUUUCGACCCUCUAGAGUCAUCAAAGUUCUAUCAAGGAAAGACAAGUGAUGUGUUCGAAGUGUUGUUGUGUUUGAAGAACUUUGACUCGAGUGAGCUAGGACUUGCUAUUGAAGAUGGUAAAUCCCCUGCGGGCUUUGCUGUGCCGAAACUUACAGACAAGAGGACUGUUUGGGAUGAUUUUUGUAUUCGAAGUAAUUCUGGAAAAAAGUAUGUAUCUUCAAGAAUAUUCUCUGAGAAAUUACUAGGUCAUCUAAAAUGGUUGAUGACACAAGAAAUAGCGGCCGAUGCACAGAUGAAUGAAUUCAUGAUCAAAAUCAAUGAACAUUUGAGUGACAACACGGUGACCUUUAGUCUGAGUUCGCCGACUCAAGAGGUUUAUAGUGUACAUGUUUUUCCUACGAUUCCUUGCCGCGAUAGGUGGACUUUUGGCGCCAAAAUGUGGCAAACAGAAGAAUCUCAUUGGCCGACAAAAGCCAUGAAACACGAAUGCAUGGAACAAGGAUUUUAUUUGGUGGGAAGACAAGCUCCAACAAAAUCUCCUUGCCAAUGGCAAAUUGCCUUUCUAGAACAGAUGAAGAAGUUCUUGGAAGACAACAAUGGAUGUAGGAAUGAAUGCCUUGCUAUUCUUAAGCUUAUUCUGCAUAGUUCGCCACAGUUGCAAAAAGGUGUGAGGCAGUACCACUUGGAAACCAUUAUUUUGAAUUUGUACAAAAAAUAUCCUAAGCCUAGUUUUUGGACUGAUGAUAAGUUCAUUCCCAGGUUCCUUGAUGCUGUCCAUGACUUACAAGAUUGUAUUGAGCAAAGAAAACUUCAUGACUUUAUUCAUCUUGACUUGAAUUUGAUGAAAGAACUCGAUAAAGCGACAGCAGAAAGCUGCAAAAUGCAGAUUAAGAUUCUCUUGGAGGAACCAGAGAAAUUUUUCAGUGCUCUUGAUUUGGAGCAAACUGAUACUUCUCUUUAAAAGAAUGGCGUGCUAUUACUAACUUGUUCUCUCACAUUUUGGAUAGAAUUGCGCACUGCACGUCCAACUGAAGUCUACUCAAAGCUACUCACAAGCAAGCACAACUGUCAUCCCUUAACUUUUUUUUUUUUUUUUUUUUUU